ACAAUUAUACCCUUGCCCCUUGAGGGCGCUAGUGCUUCCUGCUGAAAGUUGCCGCUGUAGCUUUGAACUUGGGUUAGGCUACUGUAUGUAGUGUACUGAGUACUGUGAUUGUGAAAACUGAGAAUGUUGAGUGCUCCAAACAAUAUCGUGAUGGUUGGCAUUGUCUUGAAGCAAUCAAGACAUGCCUUGCUUGCCCCAAGGCUAGCAGCAUUCCAUGGGCGAGGUCUCCAUCUGUCGUCUGUGGCUCAAUCAGAUUCCGACUUCCCAAAUCUGACAGCGAGGAAGGAUGCUAUGCUUCCCCCGGACACUUUCAAAGGGAAGACAGCCUUUAUCACUGGAGGAGGAACAGGUCUUGGGAAGGGAAUGGCAACCAUGCUAUCAUCGCUAGGGGCACAGGUGGCCAUAUUAAGCAGGAAACUUGACGUUCUGGAGAAAACAGCUGAGGCAAUCACCAAACAAACUGGCAACCCAGUCUUUCCCCUAGCAGCGGACGUCCGAGACAGCGCAGCCGUCAGCUCUGCUGUAGACCAGUUUAUUGAGAGUACAGGAGGCCUGCCAAAUGUGGUCAUCAACAAUGCAGCAGGCAACUUCAUCUCACCCACUGAGCGACUGUCGGCAAAUGCCGUCAAAUCUGUGAUUGACAUUGUGCUCAAUGGCACCUUCAAUGUAACACUGGAUAUCGGCAAAAGACUGAUCAAAGCCAAGCAAGGAGCCAAUUUCUUGGCAAUCACAACCACCUACACUCACUAUGGUUCAGGGUUUGUAACACCAAGUGCAGCCGCAAAAGCUGGAGUCAAGAAUCUCACACAGUCAUUGGCUUCUGAAUGGGGCUGGUAUGGUAUGAGAUUCAAUGUUAUCGCACCGGGGCCGAUAUACACAAAGGGGGCAUUUGAUCGCUUGGACCCCUCUGGUCAAUUUGCUGAGCACAUGAGGCAAGGGAUUCCCCUGGGUCGGUUUGGGGAGGUGGAAGAGAUCGCUAAUCUAGCCACAUACAUGGUCAGCGACUACGCCAGUUGGAUGAAUGGAUCAUGCAUUGAUUUCGACGGGGGUGAGCUGCCAUUCCAUGCUGGGGAGUUUAACCGGAUGAAACAGGUAACACCAGAGCAGUGGGACAUGAUAGCAGCAAUGGGAAAGAAAGUGAAGGGGUCUUCAUAAGCUUCCAAGGUCACCCUACUGUUGAUUCCAAGCCUGAGAUACCCAAGAAAAUAUGCAGAUUAAAGCUCAACAGUUUUCUGCAAUUUACUCCUUUGUCAACUGGUAAGCCCGGUUCAUACUUCACGCAAAUG